AUGGGCAGCGCAAUCCUCUGCAACAAAUGCUGCGACAAGGAUGAGAGAGAGCGCAGCCUUGUGGAUGAGUCCAACGCUUUGCAGAUCUUUGGCGAAGACUUCCAAUCGCUGUCUUUGCCGCCGAUAAUACCACACAGGUCCAGCAGGGACUUGAAUCAAUCGCUGUCACCAACACCGCUCCACUCCAAAGCUGACACCCCGACAUCUCGGACUCCAAAGACUCCACGAACACCGCGGACUCCCAAAGUGGAUGAGGCUGACAUUGAGGAUGAUGAUGAUGACGGGGAUUCCUGUGAGCUUGAGGCCGUGGAAAAG